AUGAGAAAAGCAAACAAAAAAGAAAACAAAGAGAACAGGCAAGACCAAGAAGACUUAAGCGAGUAUAAAGUCGGAAUGUUAGUUUUUGCACAAAAUAAGCGUACUUUCUAGUCAGAAAAAGAGUGGCACGAUGCCAAAGUGAUUGAAAUCAGAAAAAACAAAAAUUACGCCCACAACCCAGUUGAGCAGAACCUAGAGUUUUACGUCCACUAUGAAGGCUUAAACAGGAGAUGGGACGAAUGGUGUGUUUACGAAAGAAUCAAGCCUUGAAAUGAAGCAGAGUCCAAAAGAGACAACUUCAAUGGCCCAAUAGUUGAAAACAACGAGCACGAAGGCUUAGAUGAGCGAGACCUUGCCGAGCACGAAAGGCUGACAAAAUUCAAAACAAUUGAUUUUAUUGAAAUCGGUAAAUAUCGCUGCGAAACCUGGUAUUUUUCCCCGCUCCCAGACUCAUUUCAAAAUAUAGAUACACUUUACAUUUGCGAAUUUUGCUUAUCUUUUUUUAGAUAUAAAACAGAACUCAUAAGGCAUGCUAGCCGAUGCAAUCUUUUGCAUCCAAUGGGAAAUGAAAUAUAUAGAGAAGGCAAUGUGUCAGUUUUUGAGGUCGACGGGGCACGAAAUCCUUGCUAUUGUGAAAAUCUUUGUUAUAUUUCUAAGCUAUUUUUGGAUCAUAAAACGCUCAGAUAUGAUGUUGUGCCUUUUCUAUUUUAUGUCCUUACAGAAAUUGAUGAAUUUGGCUGCCAUUUUGCGGGAUAUUUUUCCAAGCAGAAAGAAGACCCUGUAGAGCCAACAAAAUAUAAUUUAUCGUGUAUUUUAGUUAUGCCGUUUAUGCAGAGAAAAGGGUUUGGGAAGUUUUUGAUUAGUUUUUCUUAUGAGUUGUCUAGGAAAGAACAAAAAAUGGGGACCCCGGAAAGACCAUUGAGCGAUUUAGGCCAUGCUUCGUAUUUCAGCUGGUGGAGUGCAGAAAUUAUAAAAUGCUUGGAAGACAGCCAAGGGCAAAACUUGUCCAUUAAUGAUAUUUCCCAGAAAACUUAUAUUGAGCCUGCAGAUGUGCUGGAAGUCUUGGAAAAACUUCAUAUCCUGAGAUAUUCCCAAGGAAACCAUGUUCUUUAUACAAACCCAGACUUUCUGACGCAUUUAAUGAAAACCACAGGAAAUCCAGGUCGAAGAGUUUUGCCUGAGAAUUUGCAUUGGACUCCUCUGAGACUUAUUCAAUAA